UUUACCAAUUUCAAUCAUUAGGCUGGACAGCGAGGCCUCCGAUGAACAACCACCACCCAUCUACAGUGCAGACCACCAACAAAAACAGAAGAUCCCAAAACAUUAUAUAAUCAGGUCAGACGAUGCUGUCUCGUCGCAGGGAGCUCUGGUUAAGGGUUCUCUAGCUGUCUCUCUGUUUCCUCGCAAAAAACGACAGCAUAAAUCUAACGUUGAUUUUCUGCAAGGUAAGGCUUCGAUGUAAACUGUGAGAUGGGGUUAUGCAGUGAUUUUCCAGUAUAUGAGUUUUAUUGAUAGAGUUAUAUGCUAUAUUUGAAAUAUCUGAGCUUUCUUGGAGAAUUGAGGCGUGUUUGAUUCAAUAUUGAGCUCUGAAGUAUGAAAACUAAAGUUUGGAGAUGGGUUUUAGGUUUGAUAUACAUAGUUGCUGUUGCAACUAUCUGGAUAGCUGCUAGUUUUGUUGUUCAAUCUGUUGUAGAUGCUGGGGUUUCACCAUUUCUCGUUACAUACAUUUGCAAUUCAUUGUUUGUGAUUUACAUUCCCUUAGUUGAAAUUGGGCGCUAUUUAGAGGAUUCUUAUGGAAGCUUGUUUUUCUGGAGGAAUAAAAAGAGCAGCCCUUUACAAGAAUUGGGAGAUUCAGAGGAGGUCGUUCUUCUAGGAGAGAGUGAUAUGGGUGCAAAAGUUGAUGGUUUGAAUCCAUCUGUUCCUUUGGAAGAGGGAGAAAGUAGUCAUCAUGGAGAUGGUGUUGGUUCACCAGUGGAAUUUACCUCACAUUCCAUUGAAAGGAUCUUACCUUUAGAAGAGGCUAAUAAAGGAGUUGAUGCCAAAGGGCGAUGGACACGCACUAGAGUGGCAAAGGUCAGCUUGCUAAUAUGCCCAUUUUGGUUUCUUGCACAGCUGACUUUCAAUCUGUCAUUGAAGUAUACUACAGUGACGUCAAAUACCAUUUUAAGUACUGCUUCCAGCCUUUUCACCUUUUUGGUCUCUCUGGCAUUCCUGGGUGAAAAGUUCACUUGGGUGAAGCUUGUUAGUGUUCUCCUCUGCAUGGCUGGGACUAUAAUUGUCAGCUUGGGAGACUCAAAAACUGGUUUAAGCGCAAUUGCUUCAAACCCUCUUCUUGGAGAUUUUCUUGCUCUCAUAUCAGCCGGGUUGUAUUCAGUGUACAUUACACUCAUUCGCCUAAAAUUGCCUGAUGAUGAUGAUGAUGGAAAGAGUGGUCAAGCCAGUAUGGCACAGUUCCUUGGAUUCCUAGGGCUUUUCAACCUCUUCAUUUUCCUUCCCAUUCCCCUUAUACUGGAUUUCACCAUGUUAGAGCCGUUUAAUAUGAUUACCUGGAAGCAGUUUGGUCUAAUCAUUGGCAAAGGCUUGUUAGAUAAUGUGUUGAGUGACUAUUUAUGGGCAAAGGCUGUUCUUUUGACAACCACCACAGUUGCAACAGCUGGUCUUACAAUUCAGGUUCCAUUAGCAGCUAUUAUAGAUUCACUAACAGGCAACGCCCCUCGCUUCAUGGAUUACCUUGGAGCCAUGGCUGUGAUGAUUGGGUUUGCUGGAAUUAACAUUCCUUCUGAUACUUGUAGCCAAUCAAUAGAAGCAAGUGUUGAAUCAGAAAACCAAACUCUUAAUUCAACUCAUCAAGAUCAGUCACCAUCCCCGCAAGGAGCAGUUGGCAUUUCAUAGCGUAAUAUUGGUAGUUCUGUUAAAUCACUACACAAUCUUCAGUGAUUUACUAGUGCAUAUGGAGCAAUGCUUUUCACUGGAAUUAUUGAAAGUGCUACACAGCUGUCAUUCUUUAAUUUAGCAAUUGAACAGUAAAAAGUAUUAGCAUUCAAAGGUAUUAGCUGGUACCACUCUAGCCAUUUUGUCAGGCUCUGUUUCCUAAUGUGUAUUUUCCUUCCUCUUUAUGUAAUAGAAGAAAUAGAUAGUGUGAUAUAUUAAUUUCUCUGUUCAUAUUGAGCAGAGUCAUAA